GUACCUACAAUUCCCUCAGCGUUGCCCACCGAUACUUCGCUUACAGGUUUGCCUACAACCCUUCCGGCAGAGACCUCUUUAGUACCGACAGUUCCCUCAACGCUGCCCACCGAUACCUCACCUCUUGUGUCUUCGCCUACCACUCUACCUGAUUUUACUAGCUUUUCAGUAACGACAAGUGAUGCCGCCACUGUGCCAACUGAAACCCCUAAUUUGCCAACGUCUACCUCAUUGACUUCUUGGCCUGUCGGGACGGUACCUACUUUGCUUCCAACUACCACCUCCGAUCCGAUAUCAUCGCCCAAUACCUAUACCGGGACAACAACCGGUGGUGUUACAGCCUCAAGCGUUAUUUCCGACCCUAUUCCUUCAAAAAGUGACACAACUCAAGGUCUGGUUAUGCCUACACAAUCGGACGGUAGCUCCGUUGCCAGCUCGACAGUAAAUGCUACUGGGUCGGUGCCAACUGGUGCUGGGAGUUCCCAAACUUCUGUUCCUGAGCCAUCUAAGUUUGGGCCAACGGGACCCCUUCCCCCAACAUCUACCGGGGUCACAUCAGCCGAGGGAAUAGGGAGUGCCACUUCACAUCCUCCAAAAAUCUCGGCUCCCGUCCAGACCGAGGCUGGUACUGCAACGACCACACCUGGGGCCACCACAGCGACUGUGCCGAGUACUCAGUGGUUCCCUCCCGUGCUGUCUACUGCCCCUGCUUCAACAAUGGUUACUCAGGUUGUCACUGCCAUUCCUGGAUCCACCAUGCUCAGUUCAGCUACUACAGCCCCAUCAGCGGAGACGGGAAUUCCCAGCAGUUACCCCAAGGUUGUCACACCAGCCGGAGGGAUGCCACCGAGGCCUGGAAACUCUAGUCUUGUUCGUGUUGGUUUCAACCAUCAGCUGAACUAUGGAUUCGUUGUCAAGAAUUCCGUAGCUGUUGCUCAGAUCUUUGAGUAUCUUCCUAAAGGAAUCGCUUAUGGACUUGAUAUCGAUAAGGUGAUCAUGCACCACCUUCAGCCUCUUGAUACGACCAAGACAAAAGGAUAUAUUACUACUUUGGCAUUCAUGUUCGUCCCUGACAAUUUGAUCGACAAGUUGGAUUUGGAUCGUAGGAAUCCAAACUCCAGAUUGUUUCAGUCUGAAGAGGCUCCAGUUAGGCAGAUGAUCGACCUCCUUGAUCCCACGAUUUCUCUUCGCGCAACUGAGGCAGAAUUGGCGGGUGAGGGUACUGGUAUGCCCGGUGAGGGAAGUUGGUUGGGUGGACCUGGAGACGAUCAGGGAGAUGCGAGCAAUAGCGAUGGUGCCCCCUUGGGCAGCAAUGGCUCAGAAGGACCUGUUUCCAAGAAGAGCAUUGGUGUAGGACUCGGGAUUGUGGCUGGUGCAACUGUCUAUGGCGCUGCCAUGUUCUUCGUUGCCCGAAGGUAUAGACAGAGGCGCAACAGACACACCAGGUCGAGCUCAAUUGGCCGUAGCGUCUCACCAGGAAGCAACCCCGCUAGCGGCUUGAUGGGCGGAGCAGGCCCUAUUAUGCACGGUGCCAGAAGUCCAUAUGGAACUGUUGGCGUGCCGCAUGACAAAAGGGGAAGCAGGGGGAGUGGAAGGGCCAGUGCUAGGACACAAAACAUCUCUGGGCCCAUGAUGGCGGAAAACUCUUUGGGUUGGAACUAGCGGUUGUAGUCGACAUCUCCUCGGAAUUGGUCGACUUUUUUAAUACUGGGCGUGUUACCGAAAAAAAAAGAUGCUGGAUGAGAAAAGUGAUCCUAUUCCAGGCAUUUCCGGAAAUGACUGCUCCUUCUAGCUUCACACUUAGAUAAUUACUUUUUUUUUAUACAAUCGUUCCCCCACGCGUACCGUUCCGGUGUAUCUAUAAAUCUCUCACAAUUAUCAUUCACCCGGUUCCUUCUUUUUUCUGGCGGGAUUCGAACUUCUUGUUUCUACCCUUUUUUUCGGACCUUUUUCUGCAACCUAUAUUCUCUUCUUUAGUAACGGCGUUGGGUUGAUUUUUAUCCCUUGCUGUGUUUUUUUCCCUUUUUUUUUAGCCUUUAACUUAUUUUUGGUUGGUUGUGUUAUUUGUGGGACGGGGAAUUUUAUCUUUCGACAUCUGGUUUUUAGAAUCUUUGCGUUUAAGUAGGGGAAGGUAAGGGAAUGAAGAAAUGAUUGUGAGAGAUUAA